GGUCGCGCUCGUUGCGCUUCGGCGCGACAGCAGGCGCCGCGAAUUCGCCUCUCGCGGCUUCGGCUCCGCUCGGUCGGUCGGUCUGUUCCGAGGGCCGGCCGGAGAAAUCCGUCAGUAUGUGCCGCGCUGCCUUGCCGGCGAGUCUCACGUAGUGAUUAGGUAUAUUCUUCCUCUCGACUGUUCGCAAAUUCGAAAGUCCGCCACUCGCAAGUCACGAAGCGAGCGAUUCUGCCGUGCGUACUGUGACAAUUCGUAUUCUCUUUUUCUCUCUCUCUCACUCUCUUUCUUUCGUUCUCGCUUCCCCUUUCUCUCUCCCUCGCCUUCGCGUCGGACGAAGAAAACCAAGAGGGGGGAGGUGGGGACGAUAAAUUGUGCCGAAGGACCGCGGUGUCCGGGAAGGCUUCGAUCAGGCGAAUCGAUCGAAGGAUCGAGCGAUAGACGCGAGCGACAGCUCGCCGGCGACGAGGAUACCGUCUUAUCGAUGAGAGAUACCAGGGGGUACCGUCUCCCGAGGGCAGCCAGGGCAGCAGAGGUCACCGCGGCGAUCGUCGCUCGCGCGGCAUCGGUCGCCGACACCGAAAAUCGCGCAGCCACCGUCGUCGACGAGGAGGACAGUUCGCCGCGCAAAUUUCGCCGCGACGUCACGACGAGCGCGUAGAUCCAUCCGCGCAGCGGGCCAAGUGCCUAUCAAAACAUGGCCACGUGACCCCGACGGCACGGCUUGUAAACACUGAGUUUGACCACGUGGUCUGCUCCCUCUCUCCGCUGUCGAGCGCGUUUGUCCAUCUCUCUCUCUCUCUCUCUCUCUGUGUGGUGCUCCCAUCUCUCUCCGUUUCGCUUCGCCGCCUCGCGCUCCGACCUCGUCUCUCUGUUCCCCUUCCUUGUCUCUCUCUUUCUCGUUCCCAUCUAUCUGAUCCUCCGCCCCCUCACCCCCGUCGUAUUGGCCGCCUCAUUCGCCUUCUCCGGCCGUCUCGCUCUCGCCCUCGCGCUCUUUCGGCACGCAGAACGGCGCCGGGCAGAAUCCUCAGUUGGUUCGCCGCCGCCGACAACCGCACGCGAGCGCGCACGGAUUCGGACGAUCCUCCGGCGACUUCAAGCUGAUCUCUCGCGAGCGCCGAUAAGCGCGUCGCAUCCGCGUCGUGCCGCGUCGUCGUCGAGUGUAGAUUGACCGCUCGAUCGAUCGGUCGAUCGGUGGGUGAUGUGUUGAAGAACCGCAGUGUCGGCAAAGAACGACUGAGAAGAAGAUAAUAUAUUUAUAGGAGAGAAGGAGGGAGAGAGAAAGCAGCGACGCUGCGUUACACGCGAGUUACGCGUGCGACCGUUCGGGAACCGGUGCGAGAACGAGCGCUGCCGCGAGCCUUCGCUCGAAGCGAGGACGUACGAAGGCCGUCGCUGUACACACGCGUUUACACGCACCCGCGCGCGCAUACACACACACACACACACACGCGUCUGGUGAUAGUGCGACGAAAACGCGGCUCGGGUCGUUCCUCUCUCGCGCGAGCAGGUUCUCGCUGAUCGCGCUCCGACCACUGCGCGGAGUCCCCCCGCGUGUCUCGGUUCGAUCGCGAACCUCACGUUCGCGGAGCGACGCGUGGACAUGAUGGAUUCGGUGCCGGUCUCGGGGUCGCUGAUCCCGUCGCUGCAACAGCAACAGCAGCAGCAGCAGCAGAAGAAGGGAGUCUCCUUCGAGUUCUCCAACUCGCCGGACCUGGAGACCGGCUUCGAGCCGCAGACUCGCGCCAGAUCCAACACAUGGCCGUUACCGAGACCCGAAGAGUACGUGGAGGGGAACGCACCGGCCGCCAAGGAGGGUGCUGAAGGCGGCACACCGCCCCAUCAGACUCAACUGGCUCAGGGUGGUCUUCUGCCGGUGAAGAAGAACUCGUCCAGGAGGAACGCCUGGGGUAACCUGAGCUACGCCGACCUCAUCACCCAGGCGAUCACCAGCGCGCCCGACCAGCGGCUGACGCUGUCGCAGAUCUACGAUUGGAUGGUGACGAACGUGCCCUACUUCAAGGACAAGGGUGACAACAACAGCAGCGCCGGUUGGAAGAACUCCAUACGCCACAACUUGUCGCUGCACAACAGGUUCAUACGAACGCAGAACGAGGGUACCGGCAAAAGUUCCUGGUGGAUGAUCAAUCGCGAUGCCAAACCGGGCAAAUCCGCUCGUCGCAGAGCAACCACGAUGGAGAGCACCGGUAGUCUGGAGAAACGGCGUGGCCGCUCGAAGAAGAUCGCGGACGCUCUGAGGAACGGCGCGCUGUUGGCGGAACCCACUUCCAGCCCCAGCAGCAGCGUCGGAGAAGGCCUCGACAUCUACCCGGACAGUCCUCUACCUGCCAGCGGAUUUCAGCUCUCGUCCGACACGUUCCGUCCUCGCGCCUCGAGUAACGCGUCCUCCUGCGGCCAGUUGAGCCCUAUCCCGGCGGUUCUCGGGGAACCAGACUGGACACCGACCUAUGCGCCUUCUUACAGCCCGGAACAACAGUUAGCAGACACGAUCCUAGCAGGCAACCUGGCGGAGACGAUGAAGUUGGAGUCGUACCAAAUGUACCAGACGUCACCGCCCGGUCACCAGCAGCAGCAACCAGCCCCGCCGCCUUACUUCGAAUACCAGAGGAACAACGGCCUACGCACCCCGUCAUCCUUCGGCCUGCCACCCACCCCGCAGUCGGCCAAUCAGCAGAGAUGCCCGAUCCACGGUCUGCAGCCGUGCGCUUGUCAGAUGAAUCUGAGCCCCGUGUCCGGCAUGUCACCGUCGUAUCAGCAGAGCGAACCCAGCCCGACGACACUGGGCAACAAUCAGCAGCAGACGCUACAGUAUAUGAUACAGACUCAACAGCGUCAACAGCAACAGCAACACCAGGCGCAGCAUCAGCCGGCACAGACUGGACCGGCAGGUCCCAGCCCGCCCAAUACGCCGACACCUUGCCCAGCUACACCCAGCACUAUGAUGGGUCAGUUGAUGGGUGCCCUCAAUCAUUCUGCCCUUCUCGAUGACCUUAACAUCAACAUCGAGGCGAUGCACGGCGGCUUCGACUGCAACGUCGAGGAAGUGAUCAAACACGAGCUGUCGAUGGGCGGCACGCUGGACUUCAACUUCCAGCAGGGCGUGAUGGGCACCGCCGCGAUCCAGGUGAGCGACGGUAACAUCGGCCAGAACGGCGCUGUCAGUCAGAACACCGGCGUCGUCGUCGGCACGACGACCGGCAACGCACCUGCGGGCGUCUACGUCAGCACGAACGCGGCGACCCCCGCGGCGCCCCCCUCGUGGGUUCACUAGCAGUUAACCCCCCUGCCCUCGACACCCCCAUCGUCCUUGCCGAUGCCGUUGUCCGACGGGCGGGAUAAUUUCUGCGGGACGACCGAAGGGCAGCUCAUCGUUACGACGAUACAUCCUGAAAAUAAUCGAAAUACAGCGGUCACUUUAAGAGGCUAUUCAACAAUUACGUCACACUACGAGAGGGAGGUCUGUUAGUUUGCGUGAUGGUCUGUGAUGGCGGGGAGGGAGAUCGUCAAGACCGUGGAACAUCAUAUUAGACGUUCGACAUAGCGAGGACGAGAGGGUGAACCGUCGACUUGUGAUAAGAUAUAGACAUAAUGAUGCAAGAAUAAGACGAAAUACGUACUUCAAAAAUGCCAAUUUACGCUAGUGCGAUUGUGGUGCGAGAAACUAGAACGCCGGUGGCGCGAUCAACGUCGGCGAGGACGUUCCAUCGCUUCAUCAACGUCCGCAGCCUCUUCUUCGGCAAGCUGCUGCUCAAAAUAGAGGCCGGAGAUGCUGGCGACGACUGCGAGGUUACAGGCUUUCGCGAGAUCGCACGCGAGAAUUCUCACGCGGCGGAUCAAUCGAUCGUUCGACUGUGGAUCGAGGAUUUCGGUGAAAUCUCACAAAAUAUUAUUUCUUUCGUUAGGUAGGCAAUUAACUCCUUGUGAUUAGCGACAAUUCGCGGAAACAAUGUGAGACCGGAAAAACUUUUCGAAAUAUCGAUUUGUUUCAUCUCGCGUGAAGAUGAUCGCAUGCGACGCUAAAAUCGUGCUGUUUCUUGCAAGAGGAAUUAAUUUCGGUGAUUAACUCUUGAGAAUUCCGAAUAGAGGGCUGGCGUUGAGAAACCCGACAUUGUUCAUCAGAGAUUAUUAGGUUCUCUCAUUUCUUUACCUGAUAAUUACGAGAUGUGGGUUUGAAGUUAUGUUAUAAUUGACGCGUUAUUCCGCGCGCGUUUAAAAACUUUAUUUUAAUAUAUAAUUAUGCGGAGAAUAUUUAUUUUGAUAUUUAUAGAAUCGUAACAAAAUAAGAUUUGGACUUUGAAGGUUAAUUCGUAUUUCAUUACUUUUCGCCACUCUCGUCUAAAAAUGAUAGGGAUCAUCUCUGCAUAGUGAUCUAUUGCGUUAUGUUUAGGGGAAGACGUUCGAAAUAUAGAAAAUAACAUAUUGCUCAAAGAAAUUCUGCCGAUCUAUACUGACGAUUUUACAAUAGCAGUUUAAGCUAUUAGCCUUCCGAGCUACGUCUCGCGACACGCGCCGAAGUUAUCGCGCGUCGUCGAAAGAUCCGAGUCGAAGGAUCAUUCGAGCGGUAACCUCGCGUGCAUUCCCCGAUUCGCGAAGUGUCUCCGACCUUCGAGAUCGCGGAGCCGAAUCAUUCAGACAUCAACCGGCAGAAUGAAUAAUUUAAGCGUGCUUAGAGCUUCGGUAGACCGACCUCGCCUGAGAAGUCGCGGUUUCUUAACUCGAUCUGAAAGAGUCGCGAUCGAUGAAUUCGCAGUUCCUUCGCGCGGACGGGUCUCUCCUUCGAAGUCCCUCAAGAUCCUUUCGAUCGUCCGCGAUCGACGGUAUCCAAGUCAAUUUUUAAAGUUUUAAGGCGCGCGUCGAGCUGAUGAAAUGAGAGUCGCGCUUUUAACGCGGCCGUCUCGCGAACGCGAGCUAAAUCCCGAGGGCGUCGCGGUCGCUACAAUCGAGUGACGUACGUAUAUACAUAUAUAUAUUUGUAAGGACUCGGCGGUGUGUGCGUGCGUAUGUGUGUGUAUGUGCGCGCGCGCGAAUGUGUGAGUGGGCGGAGAGCAAGGCAGGAAAGGGACGAUGAAGGGUUGAAGGCUCGCCGACGUUUCGCCGUGCGUACAACGAUCUCUGUCGUCUGUAAGGGUAACCUCAUCGUGCUCCUAAGACGCACGCUGUCGUCGCACAGUGCGUCCCUUUUAGGCCACGCGCGUGCUAUUAUUGCAUUACCUCACGCACUUAGUCGCGGAUGUUUUCCAAGCAAAUGCGCGACUCGGUGAAGCCACUCGAGAAAUCGCAAAAAUACCCCUUCUUUUCCAUUUUCAAAUACGAAGUAGUUAUCGUCGACGCGGUGUUCUAAAUGCGAUCGUACACCUUUACUAUUUUAUCUCGAACGUGAGACACACAUUGGCUCAUCUACGACCGAAAACGAACGGUCACGCGGCGAGACGAAGAGAAUUUUUAUAUUUUUGCGUUUCGAAUUUCGAAUUAUGGGGUCGCGUUUUUUUCGAAGGGAAGAACGUUCAAAAGUGACCGCGUGUGCAUCUCCGGAAGGACGUACUGUGUGCAAAGAAAUAUAAAUAUAUAUAUAUAUUACAUANAUAUAGAUAUAUAUAUAUAAAUAAAUAUAAAAGAAAGAUAUACAUUAUUAUUGUAUGUAAUUAACACGGAAAUAAAUACGAAAAAGGAGUCGCUAGCACACAGCUCUAUAUAUAUGUUAUAUAUAUUAUAUAUAUAUUGUAUGUAACUCUAUAUAUAUAUUAUAUAUAUAGGUAUAUAUAAUGAUAUUAUACAGAAAAUAUUGAAUAUAUACUCUAUACAGUAAAGUAUAAUUGUACGUUCGCUAGUGUUAUAUAUUGCGUUAUACAUACAUAUAUAUAUAUAGUACUAUAUAUAUAUAUAUAUAUAAACAUAGGUACAAUUAAUAUAAGUAAACUGCUACCAGUAGCCGUUUAAAAGUGUAAGUUUAGUCAUCGAUCAAUGAACGAACCCGCGACUUGGCAAUCGCUGCCGCGGCAUUUCAAUCUGCUGUAUCGACUUUAGGUGAAACGAUGAGAGGAAAGGCAGAAAAAAAGAGAGAGAGAGAGAGUAAGAGGGAGAGAAAGUAAGAGAGAGAGAGAGAGAGAGAGAGAGAGAGAGAAUAUAUUCUGCUGAGAGCUGUACGUUUAUGACUCGUUGGUGCUUCUCCCUAGAUAAAUAUUACUUUAUAUCCUUCUUGUCGGCGAAACAAUAAUCGUUAAUCGAUGUCGCUGCUAAGUAGAGAGACCGAGAGUGUCGGAAUUCGUCGUUGGGUUAUCGCGAUUCGCCGCGAACCGGUCUCUCCAAGACUCUUCCUCUCACGUUAUGCGGAUAAACAUCGAAUUGUUUCUAGCUGACUCGAAUUAAUUGUAUGAGAACUGACGUGAACCUUUUUGUUUGAAUAAAAUCUUGAGAAAGGAGAAAUAAAAUUUGGAAAAUGCUCGUUCAAAUUA